AUGAUCCGCCAUUCCCCUCUUCGAGCAUUGGGCGCUCGACUUCAUUCCUUCCUCUACGCAUCUCCCCCGAUACCGAUACGAGCUCGCCGUCUGCACACCUCGCCAUGUUGCUCCAAGGACAUCUGGGCGAAGUACCGCCGCCCGCCCUUGAAGCAGCCCGACGGACCUUCCUCGUCCUUACUCAAGCAGAUUGAACCAACCUUCGCCCCUCCCGCUAUCACUGGACCACGCGAUAAGGCUGCCGAGGUCGAGGGGGUCAAGAUUCCUCCGAAACCGAUCCCGCCAGGAGAUGAAGACUGCUGCAUGUCCGGCUGCGUGCAUUGCGUCCUGACGAUAUAUGCCGAGGACUCGGAGGAAUAUCAGAACGCUAUGGACGAGGCAAAGAAGCGACUCGAGAGUAAGGGCAUUCCAAGGGACAAGUGGCCGGCUGUCAUGGACGAGCUCGAGCAGAAGGAAACGGAGAAGAACGAGCCGGCCGUGGACCCAUCAAUGGCAGCUUUCAUGGCUCUUGAAAACAAGCUCAAGAAGAAGUAA